AUGACCACCACCGCUUCAAAUAUCGUCUUUGACGAUAUCUUCACCAUCAAUUCGAUCGAUAAAGAAGGGAAAAAGUUCGACCGAGUGUCCCGACUUUUUGCACACUCUAAAAACUAUGACAUGGACAUGACACUUGAUUACAACACUGAGCUUUAUCCACUUGCGAACGGGCAAAGCUUUGCUAUGGCACUUGCAUCCUCUCUCUCGCGGGAAGGUGGCCCCGCGAAUGCCGAUGGCGAAGAGAACGAGGAGGACAGGGAUGCAUGGCGUCCGGACGGAAAGGGUAGACGCGGGCUCGAGGAAGACUAUGACUACGUGAUGUACGGCAAGGUUUAUAAGUUCGAUGGAGGCACCUCUGAGAUUGUGACGGCUUAUGCCUCGUUUGGUGGUCUCCUACUCUCGCUCACAGGCUCAUCACGACAUAUGACAAAUAUUGUCCUGGGAGAUCCCGUGUAUAUACUCCUUCGCAAAUAAUUGGCAGCUCGAUUUUGAACUCGGAUCCUUGAAGUGAUGUGCGCCAGAAGUCUUGCCUUGUAAAUCUGAGGUACCGGUGUGGCCAUGGCGUAUAUUAUGGAACAAAAACAGCUGUUGGUCAAAGAUCCUGGGGUCCGUAGUUACGAAGGAUCGUCAGCUUAAAGAGCAGACCAUGUCAUAUUCGCUUCGAAAAUCACAAACACGGGGAUUCAUUAAAGCGAGCAGUAAAAUUGUAUAUAUACAAGGGGAUGAUCUUUAUCCUACACUGAGUCGUGACAGUCCCGCUCAAUCAUCUGGCGCGCAUUGUCCUCAGUUGCGUCAUCACGUCCUCUGUGUUGGCCUGCUUCACCACUCCACGCCCAUCCACAAAGUGCCAGAAUCGGCUCGGCUGGUCAAACUCAAAUGUAGUCUGUGAAUCCAAGUCGGCGGGCUGGACUGCCAAGGUGCCUGCAGAACUCAACAGCUUCAAUCCGUUGGCGUCCUCAAUGCCAAAAAAUUUGGCCAGCUUCCUUUCCCGCCGGGCACGUGCAACGUAGGACUCUGAGCUCGUGCUUUCCGCAGUGGUAGGUCUGCGAGGCAAUAUUGGUCUUCUGGCCGGUCCAGACAAAGCGCCGCGGGUCCUACUAGAUAUUUCUACGCUCGGUGUGCCUGAAACAGGAGCGAUGGAAUUUGCCUGAAGCCUAGCAGGAGCAUUCGCUCCCUCAGGUCGAGGUACAGCUGAGCUUGAUGUCGCCUGAACAUUGGCGGGGAGAAGUUCAGUAGCCAGAGGUGGGCCCUUGAGCUCUGAUUGACCUUCUUUCGUUUCGAAGUCUAAGCUCGGGCGUCUCGCCGCUGUGAGCUGACCACGUGGCUGCGUUACUUUAGACCGUAGAGAUUUGGAUCUGCCAUGGCUGGACGUGGAUUCUAUGCCCGUUGAGCUUUCCGCGUUAUACGUUAUAUUUGGUGGUGACGUGGGACCCUCCCGUGGUCCGACUGUUAGGUUUCCAUCCGAGGUUUCUCUAGGAUUAUCCUGGGAAUAUUGUCUCCUUGUCGAUGUCGGGGGAGCGGAGAUGAGUGAUGGGGGGAUCUCUUCACCUAAGUGCCUUCGUAGUUUAGCUAGCCUAGCGCACUUGAUAUUCUCCAGAUCCACAGGAGAGGGUGCCACAUCCUCGUCAAAGGUCUCGUCUGGGUAUUCCCAUAGAAGAGUAGACAUGGGCCUUGAUCGGGCAGGUUGAGAGGGUUGGGGUGAAGGAUUAUGUGCUGAAGAGGUCGAUGGUCGGUCCGGGCCGGGCUGAUCACGUUUGAGUGAUGUUUGACCAUUCCGGAGAGAGCCCUUGCGCGUUACUUUGCGAACCAGGCGUUUCCGUGGACUCAUUGCUUCGUCCGUUUCAUCUCCCGUGCUUGAGGGUUCUGAGGGGCUUAAUCUAGGAUGGCUGGUGAAUAACCAGGGUAGAGGCAGAUCACUGAGAACCUGGCUCAAGUUGCGCCCCCCUUUCGAGUGCCCACGCUUGAACCCCGUAGCCGAUGAUGUUUUGGAGGCAGUAUGAGGACCUCUUAGUGUAGAUGUAGCAAUGUCUGUAGAGGACGCUGACGGCAUGCCGACUGAGAUGGUAUCGGGUACAAGACGUUCAAUGGACAAAACUGGCGACUGCUGAUGGGGGGAAAGGAGGCCUCGACUAGCUGCGUAUCCGACAAGAUGGGGGGCACCUUGUAAGAGGCAGCGAGCAGCAGCGACUUACAUUCCCUCGGCGGUAUUACGCUGAAAUGUACACAGCUUCCUGGUAACUGCGAACCGUUACCAUCACCAAUUCUAUAGGAUAAGUUUGGAGGAUACGUCGGAUGAGGUGUUAGUGGGCUUAAAUGGCGGGGCUCAGAUGAUCUGAUCAGUGAGCAUAACAAAGUGACGUUGAUAACAAGCGCGUUAUGCGGCAUGUGGACAUUCGAACACUUCCCAUCCAGGACAAAGUUUGUGUGAGUAGCAAGAUGUAAACUUAGCCUCGACGCGUCAGGUUACUCACAGGCGUGCCUGCCAUUCAAAGGACAGAGGGC